GCUUCUCGCCUCGCCCACUACAACAAGAGAUCCACAAUCACCAGCAGAGAAAUCCAGACGGCCGUCAGGCUUCUGUUACCCGGCGAGUUGGCCAAGCACGCCGUCAGCGAAGGCACCAAGGCCGUCACCAAGUACACCAGCUCAAAGUAA